AUGUCGAUAACAAGAAGAGUCAACGUGCGCUCAUUGACACUACAAAUCACGAUCUUCGGCAUCGUGAUAAUAGCAGCAGCAUGCGUAGACAUGGGAAUGAUCAAGGGGUUCGCUGGCAUGGAACCGACUGGUCAUGAAACUGACGCAUUGCUGAUCGCUAUUGGGGUUCUCAUCAUCAUCAUAGCGGCCUUUGGCUGCUUCGGUGCCUGGAAGGAGAGCCCUAAACUGUUAUACAUCGCCGAAGCUCAACACUACACUUCUGACCCACCUACUCAAAUCGUGACUUUCGCCUAUAUUUCAAAAUUGACCCAAAAACGUAAUUGGUCAUGGGCAGGUCUCACUAUGUUCGUCGGCUGUCUGAUCAUCAUCAUCCUCCUGGAGCUGUCCGUUGGUAUCGCUGCUGCCGCUUUACGUCCUCAGAUUGAGAGCACCCUGAAAUCCCAACUGCGAGCGUCCUUCAUCAAGAACAAGUCUACCAAGGAAGAGGAUUCUACCUACAGGGAAUUCUGGGACCGAGUCCAAACUAGCCUGGAAUGCUGUGGCAUCACCGGUCCUGACAACUACGGAGCCUCGGAGCCUCGCAUCAAUCCUUCCUUCAGCUGCUGCCCCAACGAUGGAACUGAUCACUCCGCUGAGAUCAAACGCUCCAACUGCCUCUCUGAUGGAAAGUACUACAAGGAAGGAUGUGAAGACAAAGUUCUUGGAACGAUCCACAGUGCUGGCAUGACCGUCAUCGUCUGUGGAAUUCUCUUCUGCUUUUUGGAGGUUGCAGGCAUCGUGCUAGCCCUUUGGUUAGCGCACUCCAUAAAAACGCAGGGGAAGAGCCGAGAGACCGCUUAA